CUAGUUGGACGUUCCUUCUAUACCUCUGUUGUCUCGGCACAGCUCACGCACGAGCUCUCCGAGUGAGGUUUGAAUGACCUCUACUCACGAUUGACUGAAUACCAUUCAGGUGUUAGUCUCUCAAACCAACAGUUAUCACUCCAUCGCCUCAAUUUCGCCUAGUCUUUGUGGAGCUGUACCGUCGCAAAGAGGGUCGCAUUUUUAGGGGUGUUACUGUUGUUGUAGUUUUUAUUCUCUUGGUACUGAACAUUUCGGAGAACUUGGUCGUAUAAUUCCUCUUGUUUGGAGACCGGGCAAAUUACCUUGAAACGAGGACUUGUGCUGUUGUGAAAGCGGAGCUGAUAAGCCGACAUUGUGGGUGUCUCGCCGAAGUGUUUUGUGGAAACAGAGAUUUUGUCUUGAGAAUUUACUUCGGUGAGAAUGCCGGGACCUGUAGCUAUGGAGAACGGCCAGUUGACUGUGGAGAAUGGGAAGAAGAGUAAGAAGGUGAAGGUUACCGAGUCGGUGGGUGAGGAGAUUGAGGUGACUGCGUCGCCGCCGCUGCCCGAGUCAGAGAAAAAGAAGAAAAAAAAAGAGAAGAAGGUGAGUUCGGACAGUGCGGAGGGGUCUGCUGAGGCGGAAAAUGGUCACGCUGGAGAACCCGAAGUGGUGAAGGUUUCGAAGAAGAAGAGAGCCAAGUCUCCCGAGGAUGACGGCGCUGCAGCUAAGAAGAUCCAAAAAGUGGUAGAGAAUGGCGGCAAAGAGGUUGGUGCUGCUGUCGACCCGAUGGCGGUGUCGAAUUUUAACAUCGGGAAGGCGCUGCGGGACAAGUUGAAAGCUAAGGGCAUUGAGUCGCUUUUCCCAAUCCAGGCUCAGACCUUUGAAGCUGUCUUCGACGGGAAUGACAUGGUUGGUCGGGCACGUACAGGACAGGGUAAAACCUUGGCAUUUGUGCUACCCGUUUUAGAAUCUUUGAGCCAGAGUGGCUACACUAAGAAUCUCCAAAGAGGUCGUGCUGCAGCUGUCAUCGUUCUUGCUCCAACCCGCGAACUCGCUAAACAAGUGCAUGCGGACUUUGAGACUUAUGGUAGCGCUGUCGGAUUGAGCACCGUUUGUGUUUAUGGUGGAGCACCUUAUGGUCCUCAAGAGAACGCAUUAAGGAGGGGUGUUGAUAUUGUGGUGGGCACACCAGGGAGGAUCAAGGAUCACUUCGAGAGGGGCACUUUGAACUUGAAAUCUUUAAAGUUCCGCAUUCUCGACGAAGCCGAUGAGAUGCUUAACAUGGGAUUUGUGGAUGAUGUGGAGACUAUUCUUGGCGGUGUUGAUGAUCCCUCAAAGGUGCAAACUCUACUGUUCAGUGCGACACUACCCACUUGGGUUCAACAGAUCGCUCGGAAGUUUUUGAAGGCUACAAGGAAAACUGUCGAUCUAGUUGGUGACGAGAAAAUGAAGGCUAGUAACAGUGUGAGACAUUUAUUACUUCCGGGCCACUAUUCAAUGCGAACCCAGCUUGUGCAAGAUGUGAUUAGCUGUUACGGCAGUGGAGGCCGCAUUAUCGUCUUUACAGAGACAAAGAACGACGCCUCAGAACUCGCAGGAGCUCUGAAGAGUGGUACUGCACGAGCUCUGCAUGGUGAUAUUCCUCAGAAUCAGCGAGAAGUUACCCUUCAAGGAUUUCGCACAGGAAAGUUUAGUGUACUUGUUGCAACUGAUGUUGCUGCCAGAGGGUUGGACAUAAACGAUGUGCAACUGGUGAUUCAGUGUGAGCCUCCUCGUGACGCAGAAACCUACAUUCACCGGUCUGGGCGUACGGGAAGAGCUGGAAAUACUGGUGUUUCUGUGUUGUUUUUUGACCGGAAGAAAGAGUAUAUGGUUCCUCAGAUCGAACGGAAGGCAGGAUUUAAGUUUGAGCGAAUUGCUGCCCCUCAACCCCUGGACAUCGCCAAGGCUAGCGGCAACACGGCGACAGAUAGCGUGCUCGCUGUAUCUGAUACUGUGGUGCCCUUAUUUCGUCAAGCAGCUAAGGAUCUUGUGGAGAGCAGUGGUUUGCCCAUUCUGGACAUCCUUGCCAAGGCCAUUGCUAAAAUUUCAGGUCAAACAGAGUUAAAGAGAAGAUCUUUGCUUACUUCGCAUGACGAUUCUACCACCUUAAUCCUCAAGGCAAAUACAUCAAUGUAUUCUCCUACAUAUGCAUUCAAUUGUCUACGAAAGUUCUUGCCUGAAACCAUUAUCAACGAAGUUAGGCGCAUGAAUCUUACUGUUGACGGGAAGGGAGCAGUGUUUGACGUUCCGUCGAAAAAUGUGGACGAGUUUAUAGCUGAACAAGAAGGUGAAAACUUCACAGUCGAAGUCUUGGACGCUUUACCUGAGUUGCAAGUGAAGCCUGACCGCAGUGGUGGUGAAGACCGAAGUUUUGGUGGAAGAGGUGGUAGAGGUGGAAGAGGCUUUGGAGGAAGGGGUGGUGGUUAUGGUGGUAGUCGAGGUGGAAGCAGAGGUGGAGGUGGCGGUGGUCGUUUCAACCGUCGUUGAUGACGUCUACUUCUGUUGGCCUUCAUUAAGAGGCUCUGUAAGUUAAGCUAAUGUUUCUACCUUCCGAACACCUGAGUAGUCCAGAGCUUCAACAAAGUAUCACCACCAUUUUCGCAGAUGGGAUCUUGUAGACUAGUGUCAUUUAGGUGAAGGAGACGAUUACAUCAGGUGCUUGGAUACGGCAUUUGAGUUGUGGCAAUUUCCAACCUAGCUCGUAUCCGCUCAGUGUCUGCCAAGUGCAUAUCUAUUGGCGAAUUAUUAUUGGACAUUGAAUUGAAUACAAAUUGAUGCAAUAAUGGAAGAGAAUAGGCACGUUAUCCUCUUUCUAGACUUUAUCAUGCCCCGACCAAUUGAUAUAAUUAUUGAUUUUUGGCA